AUGGUUUUGUUUUGUAUUGUAAACAGUACAGUAAAGGCUGAUGUCGAUAAGAAGCAAAAAAGGGCUGAGCUGGGCUGGGCCCUUGCCAAGUCAAAAGAUGUUGAGGAGGAGAAGGAUUUGAUACAAUUGAAGCGUGAAGAUAGAUUGAAAGGUGGCUUUUACGCGAACCCAGAAGCCAAGCCUUUGUUCAUAAUUAGGAUCUCACUUGUACCGAUCUUCAAUGGCAUCUUCUUGAAACUAAACAAAGCCACGGUGAACAUGCUGCACAAGGUUGAGCCUUACGUCACCUACGGGUAUGAUAACAACUGA